CCCGUUCCAUUCAAACACAACCCCCCCUACCCCCACGGGCACACACCCUUCUCCUCUCCAUCCAACUCGAUCCUUUCUCUUCAUUAACUCCGCCCCUCUCCUCUGCUCUGCUCCCAUUUAGUACUUCACCAAACACUUUUUAACCUCUCCACACAAGCGAAAGAGGAAGGAGAGACCCGACAACAAUGGCCCCUCUCCCCGAGACCAACGGCGGCGGCGGCGGCGGUGGCGAGACCCUCUCCGACGCCUGGGACUACAAGGGCCGUCCCGCCGCGCGGUCCCGCACCGGCGGUUGGACCUGCGCCGCCACGAUUCUAGGUGUCGAGCUCUGCGAGAGGCUGACGACGCUGGGCAUCGCGGUGAACCUCGUGACUUACCUCACCGGGACUAUGCACCUCGGAAACGCCGUCUCGGCCAACGCCGUCACCAACUUCCUCGGGACCUCCUUCAUGCUCUGCCUCCUCGGCGGCUUCGUCGCCGACACCUACCUCGGCCGUUACCUCACCAUCGCCAUCUUCACCGCCGUCCAGGCGUCAGGGGUGACGAUACUGACGAUAUCGACGGCGGCGUCCGGGCUGCGGCCGCCGCGGUGCGCGGACCCGUCGGGCGCCUCGGCGGCCUGCGUGCGCGCGGACGGGGCGCAGCUCGGGGUGCUGUACCUGGGGCUGUACCUGACGGCGCUGGGCACCGGCGGGCUCAAGUCGAGCGUGUCGGGGUUCGGGUCGGACCAGUUCGACGAGGGCGACGGCGGCGAGAAGCGGCGGAUGAUGACGUUCUUCAGCUGGUUCUUCUUCUUCAUCAGCCUCGGCUCGCUGCUCGCCGUCACCGUGCUCGUCUACAUUCAAGACAACCUGGGCCGCCAGUGGGGUUACGGGAUCUGCGCCGUCGCAAUUCUCAUCGGCUUAGCCGUGUUCUUGUCGGGGACCCGGCGGUACCGGUUUAAGAAGCUGGUCGGGAGCCCGCUGACGCAGAUCGCCGCCGUGGUGGCGGCGGCGUGGCAUAAGAGGGGCCUGGAGUUGCCGUCCGAUCCGUCGAUGCUUUACGACGUAAACGAUGCGGCCGAGGCCGGAGAGAAGGCCAAGGCCAAGCAGAAGCAGCCCCACACCAAGCAAUACCGUUUCCUAGACCGGGCCGCGAUCAUCGAAGAUGACGCCUCGGCAGCCAAGACUCUGCCGGCCAACUGGCGGCUCUCGACCCUCACAGAUGUCGAAGAAGUAAAGCAAGUGGUCCGGAUGCUCCCUACAUGGGCCACCACCAUCAUGUUCUGGACCGUCUACGCCCAGAUGACCACGUUCUCCGUGUCACAGGCCACCACCAUGGACCGCCACAUCGGCCCGUCCUUUGAAAUCCCCGCGGGCUCCCUCACCGUAUUCUUCGUUGGCUCCAUCCUCCUAACGGUCCCCGUUUACGACCGCCUUGUCGUCCCGACCGUCCGCCGCUUGACCCACAAUCCCCACGGCCUCACCCCUCUCCAGCGCAUCUUCGUCGGUCUCGUCGUCUCCAUCAUCGCCAUGGUCGCUGCCGCCCUCACCGAGCGCAAGCGCCUCCAUGCCGUCCACGAAGGCGCCCCGACCUUGAGUGUGUUCUGGCUGGUCCCGCAAUUCUUUCUGGUGGGCGCCGGCGAGGCGUUCACUUACAUCGGCCAACUGGACUUCUUCCUAAGAGAGUGCCCGAAAGGGAUGAAGACGAUGAGCACGGGGCUGUUCCUCAGCACGCUAUCGCUCGGCUUCUUCCUCAGCUCGGCCCUGGUGAGCAUAGUUCACGCCGUGACUGGCGAGAGCGGUAAAGGCGCGUGGCUCGCCGAUAACCUCGACGACGGCAAGCUCUACAACUUCUAUUGGCUUCUCGCCGUCCUGAGCGUAAUAAAUCUCGGUUUCUUCUUGCUGUCGGCCAAGGGGUACAUCUACAAGGAGAAGCUGAUUGGGGCCGACGGCGCGGAAUUGGAGGAAGAUGCCUUUUGUCAUGCAUAAAUGUAAUCUUUAUCUUUAUGUGUGUCUUUCUCUACGUAAUUUUAACUAAUCAAGAGUAAUUCUAGCUGUAACGUAUCAUUGCCUUGUAGAAGUAGUUUGUGGUGUGAUCCGCUGUAAUCCGUUCAUAAAGUUAAAAUUUUGGGCGCGCAUGUUUUUUUC